CCAGAACCUUGACUUUUUCUAAAAAUUCACAUUUAAGACUACUCUGCAAGUACCCACAGUUUAAUAAAAUGAGACCUGUUUAUUAGCCCAUUUAAAAUUCAUGUCUUUUUCCUCACCUUUUUAUACAACAUGACUGAUCUUUUUGAAAACCUAGAAUCUAAUGACAAAAAAGCCGUCGAGGAUGCCAAGGAAAAACUUCGAGAACUCUUCAUAAAAGUUAAUGAACCAUGGCUCUUAAAUGGAUUGUACGAAUACUAUUUAAGCACCAGCUCGCCUCGAGCUAUGGAAAUUUUGGUCAAUAUCAAGGAACCCCACCAUAUAUAUUUGUUUGAUAGGUUAUCAGAUUCAAUGAAAGGUCCAAAAGUAGAGAUCAAAGUUCAGGCUCUGACACUUUUCGGAUAUGUGGCUCGUAGACAACCGACUUGGCUGUACAAACUGCAAGAACAUAUUCUCCUUAGGGAUCUACUAAAAUUACUCAGAAAUGAAGUGGAACUUUUGCCAUUGAUAAGCGCCCUUCUCGUUUUAAUAGUGUUGUUGCCAAUGAUUCCCUCGGCCAUGGGGAAUUACUUAAGGGAUAUUUUUGACAUUUUCAGUCGUCUAGCAUCUUGGAAUUGCAACCCAGGAAAAAUUGUCGAAGACCAAUUGAUACAUAUGCAGGUCGCCCUGUACGCUCUAUUUUUAAGAUUAUAUGGAAUGUAUCCGUGCAAUUUUCUGGGAUAUCUCAAGGUUCAGUACAAAGAUAAGAAUACUCCAGUAUUUGUCCAUACUAUAAAGCCAAUGCUAGACACUGUUAAAAUGCACCCUUCGUUAGUAACAGCCACCGAGGAAACAGAGGUAACAACAGAAAGGUGGAGAAGUAUGGGGGUUCAUGACGUGAUAGUUGAAUGCGAAAGGUUUAGUUUAGAUUUAACCGACAGAUGUCCUCACGAUUCGUGUCAGUACACGUCUGGGUUUAGAUCUAGGUCUGGAACUUCAAAUUCAACCAUCGAAUCUUCAUAUCAUCUACAAAAUUUGAAAAGUUUAGCAACACUACAAAUGCCAGCAGUGGAAUCGCCUUCGUUCUUUAGUCCAAGUGUAAUGUUCAAAGAAAAUUCGUCACAUUUUUCCUCUCUACAAAGCAGUUCACCUCCAGAAGCUGCCAUGGAGGCCACUCCAGAAACGACUCCCGUCAGAGUAAGGGACUACCGAGCGCUUUCCAAUCGAUCUCAACCACUCAAUUCCAAUAUAGCCCGCGCACUGACCAAUUUCACCUCGAAAACCAGAUCUGGUUCCGUAUCAACGACUCCUUCACACUCACAACCGUCAUCACCCAUGCAUAAGGAACCAUCAUCACCGUUCAGUUUUCCUACAGACAUGAAACACGAACCAAUUAGGCAUAAGGUUAGCAAGUUGAAGCUGGACAGAUUCCAGAUUCCAGAUACGUCAUUGACUACAGAUCUAACUCGUAGUAAACCGAAUCCAUCUAGUCCGUUGCGUAUUACGAACGCAGAUUUAAGUUCAAGGCAUUUUAGUACAAGCCAAAGAUGCGAAUCUCCUCGUGGCCUUGACGACGAAGUUUUGUCCAUUGUGAGCAAAAUCGACGACCCGAAAAAUCGAGGAAACCAUUUUUCGAUACAGGAUUUGGACGAAGUUUUAGAUGCGAAGUUGGGCGAAGAACCCGAACAUGGUUCUCCCUGUACUGAAGGAGGUCUGCACAUGCCAAAUUCUAAGUCUAUGAAUAAUUUUGCGAAACGGGUACAGCGAUUGAGACAUCACAGUACAUGCAAUCCGGAACCAGAGAAAUUAGAGACUUCUACGGGAAGUAGUCCCGGUAACGGUAUACCAUUUUCUCCUAGUACAACAGUUAGACGCGCAGUCUCCUGUCCAGAAAUGAAAAAGAGCCCCACGAACCCUUCAAAAGACAAUAUGGACAGGCCUCUGAGAGAAACCGACGAGGAUAUUCAAGAAAAGAUCGGUAAUUUCGCACCGCAGAAAAGUAAAUCCGCCACCAACAACUCUACUCUAGCGAAAGCGGAGAAUAAGUUCAGCAAAACGUACAGUUGUACAACGACGCAGACGGAAACGUUCUGGCCCUACGAGCACCUCUUCUUGGGCGUAUUUCCCUCGUUGGAGAACUCGGAGAUGAAGCCCAGUCCGGACGCUAGUCCUGCUCCUUUUAAUAUCACCGAGGAAAAAACGCUUCCGACUUCUAUUUAUGAUACUUUAGAUCAUUACAUUGAUGUCGCCGUUCGCUCCAGCGAUAAACAAAGUAAGGAACACAUGAAAGAACAGCUGGAACUAGUACAUCAACAACUUUUGUUCGAAAGACAUAGGAGAGAAACGCACGCGUACAGAAACAGAAGACUGCUAUCGGACGCCAAGAGCACUAGGUCGUUAGAAGAAUAUAAUUCAGCACUUAGAGAUACCGUUCAGCUCCAACAGAAAGACCUGGACGAUCUGAAAGCCCAAUUAGAUAGUUACAAAAAGGAGAGGUCGAACGAGGACAAGAAACUGAAUAAAACGAUUAAUUAUUGGGAGAAUCAGUGUAAAUCACUCCAAGAGGAAGUCAAAACCUUGGAGGAGAACAACGAUCGUUUGACGAAAGACUUGACUGAUUUUAAAUCAAAAUGUUCGAUAUCAGAUACGAAACUAUUGGAACUGCAAGCAGAACUAAUAGACGCACUAGCAGAAGUAAAUGUAGCGAAACAACAAGCGCUACAAGGGGAAAAGGGCAAAAAGGAGUUGGAGCAAGUGAAUAAAGACUUGGUAAUGAUCGGAGAACUGCAAGCCAAAUACCAGGAGAGAUUAGACAGCUUAGAUAUAGGUAAAGUGUAUCAGUGCGAAAUGGACGAAGUACGAAAAGCAUGCCAUGACGAAGUCAAAGUUCUCAACCAACAGCUGGAAAACAAAAUGGCAAGUUUAGAAGCCUACAGGAACAGAGUUAUCGAGUUAGAUCAUGUGAUAAUCUCAAAGGACGAUCUAAUUUUAUCUCAGAAACAAAUGCUGUGCGCCAUUAAUGAGGAAAAGUUUGAGAAAUUGGAGGCCGUAGAGAGCAAGUACCAAACUCAGUUGACGAUAAACCGAAGCCUGGAAGAGAAAAUUCUCGAUUUGUGGCAAAGACUGGAACUGGGAAAAACUUCUGUGCAUUCUCCCGACACUAGUAGCUGUCACGAAGUAAACGUUACGACUACAGCGGGUUUCAGUCCUCAUUCGUCUCCUUUAUCGGCGUCGUUAGCGUCGUCCGAAGGCAGUACCGCGUUUCAUGAAAGAGAAGUAAAAAACUUGCAGGCUAUUGUAGACCAAAGAGAAACACCUUCGAAAUCCAAAUUUGACGAAUCGGGAGAUUCACUGCCCGAACAUGAGGGAUGAUACACAUUUUCUGAGAAAACCGACUGAUUUUUCACAAUUUUUAUCUAUUUUCUUAUUAUUUAAAAUGAGGGAAGAGCGUCAAAAAAGAAUCUGAUAAUUUUCUAUUGAAUGUUACAGCGAAGCUUACAUACUAUUUUGUGUAAACGAUUUUUUAUCAUUUUUAUAUUAAAAACAGCACCUGGAGAUCUAUUCGUAUUAUCAGUGACUUCUCAGUGUUUGUCUGGAAAAUGUCGACCAGAAACAGAUUUUUAGCACUUUGUUCCAGUUCUGUAUGUCAUACCAUUACCAAUACCUAACCCAAUGAUA